GGGGGAGAUGAAGGUGCUCCUGGCAUCCGGCUUCACCGUCCUCCUCAUCUCUGCUUUGAAGUUUUCCACUGCAGCCCCCUCCCUAUUUGCAGCCACCUCCAGGACCUCAAGGAACAACUAUCACCUUGCCCAGGAAUAUCUUGACAAGUAUUACACAGAGAAAGGAGGACAGCAGAUGGGUGAAAUGGUUGCAAGAAGAGGCAACUCCAUGGUAAAGAAGAUUAAGGAGCUGCAAGCAUUCUUUGGCCUUCAAAUCACUGGGAAGCUGGACCAGAAGACGAUGGACGUGAUCAAGAAGCCUCGCUGUGGAGUUCCUGAUGUGGCGAACUACCGCCUCUUCCCAGGUGAACCCAAAUGGAAAAAAAAUAUUUUGACAUACAGAAUAUCCAAAUACACAUCUUCCAUGAGUCCAUCUGAAGUGGACAAAGCAGUGGAGAUGGCCUUGCAGGCCUGGAGCAGCGCCAUCCCUCUGAAUUUUGUGAAAAUACAUUCAGGAGAGGCAGAUAUAAUGAUCUCUUUUGAAACUGGAGAUCAUGGGGAUUCCUAUCCAUUCGAUGGCCCUCGAGGGACUCUGGCUCAUGCAUUUGCUCCUGGAGAAGGCCUGGGAGGUGACACCCAUUUCGACAAUGCUGAGAAGUGGACUAUGGGAAUGAAUGGCUUCAAUUUAUUCACUGUUGCUGCUCAUGAGUUUGGCCAUGCACUGGGCCUGGCCCAUUCCACAGACCCAUCAGCACUGAUGUAUCCAACGUAUAAGUACCAGCAUCCGUUCGGAUUUCGCCUCCCCAAGGAUGAUGUGAGGGGGAUCCAGGCUUUGUAUGGACCUCGGAAAACAUUCCCAGGAAAGCCUACCAUGCCCCAUAUCCCCCAGCACAACCCAUCCAACCCUGACGUCUGCGAAACUACCACAUCCUUUGACGCCGUGACCAUGCUGGGAAAGGAGCUCCUUUUCUUCAAGGACCGGAUUUUCUGGCGGCGGCAGGUGCACUUGACGGCAGGAAUCCGGCCCAGCACUAUUACCAGCUCCUUCCCACAACUUAUGUCUAAUGUGGAUGCAGCUUAUGAAGUGGCUGAGAGGGGCGUCGCUUACUUCUUCAAAGGUCCCCACUACUGGGUAACAAGAGGAUUCCAAAUGCAAGGCCCUCCUCGAACUAUUUAUGACUUCGGGUUUCCUAGGUAUGUACAGCGAAUAGAUGCUGCCGUCUACCUCAAAGAGCCUCAGAAGACUCUCUUCUUCGUAGGAGAUGAAUACUACAGCUUUGAUGAAAGGAAAAUGAAAAUGGAAAAAGACUAUCCAAAGAAUACUGAAGAAGAAUUUUCAGGAGUAAUUGGUCAAAUAGAUGCUGCUGUGGAAUUAAAUGGCUACGUUUACUUCUUUUCAGGACCAAAAACAUACAAGUACGACAUGGAGAAGGAAGAUGUGGUUAGUGUGGUGAAAUCAAGUUCCUGGAUUGGUUGCUAAAUAGAAAGCCUAGUCUUUCCCAAAGAAUGAAGAGAAUCAGAAGUAGCUGUAACUGGAUAUUAAGGACUGAAGCAGAAUGAAUGCUUCCCACAACCUUCCAUUCUAAGGGUAAUUUAGGAUUCAUUGAAAAUGAUUAUGCUUCUCAAUUUCAUCAUGCUUAUGUAUCCAGAUAUCAUCCAAAGGAAAAACUCCAAUAUGGCCA